AUGGCUACAAAAGGAAAGUCUGCUGCUCAAGGAAAAGAAAAGAGCAGCUUAUCACAUUCAUCCCCUAGAAGCAUUAAUGAAAACCCUCAGGGAAGAAGAACUCCAAAACCCUCCAAUGCAAGCUCUCCUGAAAAGGAUAGUUCAGUGCUAUCAGACAAAUCAAUUCCAAACUAUCUCAAGCCUACAAAAAGCUCAGCUUCUGAUGCUAAACAUGGAAAGAAAGAAACCCCUGAACAAAAUAAGACGUUGCUUACAAGAAGAUCCUUUGACAGGCCUCUAUCAUCACUAUCUCAAGUUCUAAAAACAAGCAGUCCCAGAACAGUUAAAUCAGUGUCUUCUCCCUCAACUAAAACUGUCAGCUCCCCAAGAUUAAUCUCUGGUAAUUCUUCUCCCUCGACUAAAGCAGUGAAUUCUCCAAGAUUAAUCUCCGAUAAUCAUUGUCCCUCACCUAAAACUGUCAACUCCCCAAGAUUGAUCUCCGAUAAAACAUCCAAAACACAACAGAAAAAUGUAAAGAGUCAGCCAAUCUUGGCAAAGCAAAGGAGCAUGAAAAAGAGCCCAAAAACCAAUCCUGAAAAGGAAACUAAAUCUUCUACUAGCAGGACACCCACUACCUCAACCCCAAGUAGUCCUGAUUUUACGAAAGAAACGGAGGGAAAACAAGAGGAACAAGUAAAGGAGCACUUGCAGGAAGAGAUGAAUAAAAUUGAGGGAGAGAAAGAAAUUCCAAUUGAGGUACCAGAAGCCCAAGAUAGAAAAACCACUGAAGUCCUAGCUUCCGAAUCAAAGAAUACUGAAGAGAAGCUCGAACAGUCUAGCUAUUCCACAUUAUUAGAAGAACUAGAACGAGCUCUGGAUGCCCAAGAACAACCUCGGGAGAAAAGAGACAAACAAAACGAUGAUGACAAUCGGCCUGAAGAGGGACAUGGUAACAAAGGUGAAGACAAUGAGGAGCUAAACGAACACCCUGAAGAAAUUUUAGCAAGCAAAAACGUGCAGGAAGAGGCUGAGAACAAGGAAGGAGAAGUGGGUAUUGUAACCGAAAAUCCUAGUAGCUGUAAAGGAAAAGAAGAUCCCAGCAACGAAGAGGAGCCUGACAAGAUGACGCUCCAACUCCAAGAAGGAAGAGAAUUGAGUGAGAAGGAAGUAGUAGACGGGGAAAGCCAGGGUAUUGAAUUGAAGGAAAGACCAGAGGUGGAAGGCACUGAUAAGAAGAAGCAGGAGAAUGAGAAUGUUGCCUUGAAGCGCCAAAAUACUGAGGCGAAGAAAGAGGCUAUGGCAUACAACGAUGUGAUUGAGGAAACUGCCAGUAAGCUUGUGGGGAAGAGGAAGAACAAGGUUCUAGCUCUCGUUGGAGCCUUUGAGACAGUUAUUUCGUUGCAAGAACCAGAGGGUCAGCAGAAUCCAUAG